AUGGCGUCUCACACAGUACCGCCCGAGGUCGUCGACCUGGAAAACGCGGAUUUCAUCAAUCCACAGGAUCCAGAAACAUUCUCCAACCUAAGAAAUCGCUCUAAAAGAAGGCAGUGUAUCUUUACCAAUGAGGUAUCACCAAUCCUUAAACUGGGAAACAAAGCGAACAACAACAAUACCAGUCCGGCAAUGGAAACCUUCAAGACCAAACUCGCUGAUCCUGUAGCCCAGAUCAACAAGCCAGUUCCAUAUGCGCUAAGGAACGUUUUCGUUAAAGCAAUCACGGGCCUAACACUGAACCCAGCUACCCAAGAACUACUCCUCACACAGGAGAACAAGGAGAUCAUCCUCAGAAUCAGCCGAGGCAUGCAAGUGCACCAAUCGGUAACUUGGUUCAAUUAUGCAGUCUCUGGGGUCCCAGUAUCGAUCUGUACGAUAGCAGGACUCCCAGCUGACACGGCGAAUCACGUGGAAGUGGAGGUUCAGAUCAGAAGAGGCACGGCAGCGAUAAGCCGAUCGAAUCGGAAACCUUCAUUGAAAACAAGACUCAAUGAGGAAGCCCUAGCUGGUAGCCAGCAGGACAUCGAAAUGGGGGAGGACCCCCAACCUGAUGCAUAUAAAAUACCAGAGGUCUACGAUACCUUACUACAAAUAGCAUUUGAAGACAAAACAGAUGUCCUAUGUGUGCAGGAACCCUUUAUGUUCCCACUCACAAAAACCAAAACACACCCCGGAUGGAUCUUAUAUGCGCUAGUGGACUUAUGGACAGGAACAUCCCUUGAACAAAGAGAGGCAGAGCGACCCCGAGUAUUGAUGUACGUCAGAAAAGGCGCAAAACUGCGAACUCAACAAAGAUGGCUGAUCAAAAGCCGCGAUAUACUCUGGAUAGAUGUAAACGGACAUCCUAUACUAAAUAUAUACUGUGUACCUCGAACAGAGCAGAUGCUAAUAUACGUUACUGGACUACAACCACCCCCAGGAUGUUUUAUUGGAGGCGACUUCAAUACCAGAUAUGAAAUAUGGCAACCUGAAGCGGAAAGUAUCAAUGAAGAACACGAACUAGCAGCUUGGGCGGAACUAACCGAACUGGACUAUAUUGGAGAACAAGGAGCAUCUAUCUACUUGGGCGGAAAUGUACUCGAUCUUACCUUUUCCAACAUACCAUUCGCGGAAACCAAAAUACGACACGAUCUAUACAGUGGUUCGGACCACUCUACCCUAAUAACAACCAUCCCAGGCAAAGGAUUCAAACCCUUUGACCAGCACAACAUCCGUGUCCCAGAAAUGGAACUACCGAAACUGGCAGGACUAGUAGCCAAUGGAGUGGUAUAUAUGCCCCCAAGUGAUUCUCUAGAUUCUUCACAGAGAAUAGAUCUUUUUGCGGAACAACUUACUCAAGUAAUCACGAGAGCAAUUGAAGCAGCGGGGAUCAAGGACAGAGGAAAAGGCAAAGCAGCACCCUGGUGGAUACCAGAGUGCAAAAGAGCUUACACUGAACAUCUGCGCAGACAAACCAUAUCAGGACAAGCCUUUACCAUAGCAAUAAGAGAAUUCAAAACGGCAGUCAAAACAGUCAAAUGCAACUAUUGA